AUGCAGUUCUGUGAUUUCAGUCUGCAAUGUUAUCUACAGAUGUACGGGGAUUCUUCGUUCGUGGCCGGCGGGCGCCACCAUGACGGCGACGUCCACCUCGAGGGCCCCACGGCGCCCGCGCAUCCGCUCCCGCGCGCCGCCGCCCACGCCGAUCCGGACCGCCCGCGGCGUGCGCUCCGCGGCCGCCGACGAGCUCGUCCUCGCCGAGUUCCUCGAGGCCUCCCAGCGCGUCCCCGCCCUCACCCUGCCCGUCAAGAAGAAGCGGUUCGACUUCCCGGCGAGGUGCGCGCCGCCAUGGAGGCUGCGGAGGCGGUGUUCGGGGCGCCCGAGGUGCCGAAGCGGGAGAUAGGCAGGUUGUUCCGGGGGAGGGAUCGGGUGGUCGGGGAGGAACUGUACUUGCCAUGGCCGGUGACCGCCGACAUGGAUCGGUUGCUUGAGGCGGCCCUGCCCCGCUCGACGUACCGUGCGUUCAGGGAGAAGAUGGAUGUCGUCGCAUCUAAAAUGGAGGAUCUUGCGAGAUGUGCGGUCAGAGUCCUAUCUGAUAAUGCCAAGAACCCGAGAGACGCUGCUCUGCCUAGAGAAGCCCCAUCGGUUCUGUGCCUAACGCUGUAUAACUGCAACAAGUUGAAAACAUCUUGGGGGGAGUUUGGCAGCACCGAGCGUCCAAACUCGUACGCUUUGAGCGCCCACCUCUCUGGGCGCGAUCAGGAAAUUUGCCUCCGGAACCAGGGCGGCUCAACCUUUUUCAAUUUGCCGGCCGGCUCGGUGCUCGUUACAGUUGGCAAGCAGAUUCAGGAAUGGUCCAAUGGGGAAUUCAAGAGCGCUAUUGGCGAGAUACUAUUUGAGCUGACCGACGAACCAAACCCGUUCAUUCUGGAACUCUUGUACUCUCCAGGAGACCUGCAUCUUGGUGAGGUUGGUCGGCACGCUAGCAACAUUGACCGUCCCAAGAUUGUCCCUUUAAGGGACCAGAUUUUGAUUACCCUGGUUUUGCUAAUUUUGUACUACCUCUUCUGGAGAUGAGCUUCUCGUGUGCCUUCUUUUUUCAUGGCGUGAGCUUAGAUGUCCAAGACGGCUUGUUUUCAUAGCUUUUUUGGACCUAACUUCCUGCCCUUCUCCGUUAAUUGAUCAUGGAGAAACACUGCUCUGGGUAGCGGUGAUGGCGCCUGGUUUGAGUCUGGUUUGAUUGAGAUUGUUUUGUUUUCUGGAUGAAACCAGAAAACUCUGAAUAAAGUGAGAUGCAUACAUACCAGUAUACCACUGCUGUUAGCUCAUCUCCCAGUUCCGGAAAAUUGGAUGGAGAUGAUUUUGAUUGAUUUGUUGAAAGGUGAUUUGGUCAAUUGGUUUGUGGACUGAAGCUUAACUGUAUCACUUUUGAGAUUGAGGUGUUUAUAUUAGACUCAGGUUUGAUGGUA